UAAUUCCAGAACGGAUUCUCCUCGCCAUCAUCGGCCUCCCCCGGAGACAGCGUCGACAGCUGGUCGAAAUGGAGAUGCAUCGACGGGAACAUAUUCAGGCCACGCAGCAUAUUAGGGGCGCAGCCGAGGAAACAAGACAUCCCCCUCGUCUUCCCGGCAGGAGAGAGCGCGCACGAACCGGAUGCAUCGGGAAAGGCGCAAAACCCGCCGAGCCGACGAGGGCGGGCCAGCGCCGCUCUUCCGUUCGUGCUAUACUUCAACGACUGCCCAUGUCUCCCGAACUUUUCUUGUGCUGCCCUCAAUCAGAAGACGGCAGCAACUUGCGUUGAUACGAAGUCGUUGGAGGUGGACUUCAUGAAGUACAAAAAUGCCUUCCUUAACAACAAAUUCACAAGAUGAGCUAAAAGCGGAGAAGAACAGCAGCAGAGAAUGGGGAACAGUAGCAUCGUUUACCAAUAUCAAUAAAAACAGAAAAU